CCUGGACCUCAACAGACCAUGCUUCUGCUGUCUCUGUCGUUUACCGUCUUGCUCAAUCUCACCUUUGCAUUCUUUUAAGAACUGUCAGCUCGCACUUGCAUCAUAGGCACAGGCUUUGUUGCCUUUGGUGCCUCAAUCUCUCUCUCUCUUCCUCCCUCCGCAUCGACCAUUGCUUGAGCGCUCCAACCCGCCGCCACCAUGGAUGUCAUUAUGAUCGACGAGGUCCUCCCCGAGCCAAAUACUCCACAGGCAUUUCCUCAAUUCUGCAAUCUUCCCGCUGAACUUCGCCUACGCAUCUGGAAUAUGGCACAACCUGGUGCUCGCAUAGUGCCUAUCCAAUGCGGCUCCGAUUCACUCUCCCGUGAUUCCAGACGUGUCAAGUCAUCAACCAACCUCAAAAUCGAACACUACAUGGCAACCGGGUGUACAUCUUCUGCCCCUGUGCCUUCUAGCCUACACGCCUGCUCUGAGGCCAGGUUCGAAAUGGCUAAGUACUAUCGACCACACUUUGGCUUUGCAAGACGCCAAGGUCACGUAUUCUUCGACCCGACCUCCGAUAUUCUUUACUUUGGUCCUCGCCCGGGCUUCAUGGCAGCUGAUUCCCAAUUCCAUACGUGCAUGGCAAUGUGUGACCCAAACGAACUCGCAAGCAUCCGCCGCAUUGCCAUAAGCGACUCGCUCUUCUGGAUCGACCACCAAUACCGUUCAACGACAGCCGCAAACCUCACCAUCCGCGUUCUUCGCCAAAUUGCCACUCAUAUGCAUGGCCUGAAGGAAAUAUUCUUUAUCCCCCGCGACCAAGACGCCAGCGGCCCUGAGCUUCUCUUUGUUCAGCAGCGUAUGCACAUGCAGGUCUGCGCCGCGCUCGAAAUUGUAUGCGAAGAAUACCCCGAGUGGAAGCCGCCCCCUUGCAAGAUGACAACCUUGCAGGAGCUCUCUGCCGUUGAGAGGUGAAACAAGCUGGUUGGCAGUAACUGAAAUGUUGCUGUCACCCAAGCAAACACAUCUUACUGUCCUGUGCCUUGGUACACAGACAGUGCACAGCAGCAGCAGCACGCGAAAGAAACUAUGCGUCUUGUUGAACUGAAAUCAUCAGCCCCAUGAAUUUUCGCUCCAGAAGCGCGGCUUGGUCGGCUCUCAAAUCGCUGACUGUGCCGUGUGUGCGCCCACCAGCCGGACUCCUCUAAAUAGACCUGCGACUUCUCGGCGCGACUAGGUUCACAGCUGGUUCCCGGCAGUCAUUCACCUGAUCGCCAAGAGGAAACGAAUUCCCACGUUUGUUACCAAGAAUAGCACAUAUCCUUUGGAGCACAAGCAAAACGGGAUGGCGUGGUGUCGAACAGAGAGGCCACCAGCCUCUUGGCGUUACGGUAUCCUUCUGGUAGGGCUACAUCGCAACAUGCCACGUUGAUAUGACUUUGUAUAUUUGCUCUACGACAUAAUGAUAAAAAUAGAUAGAACACUACUUAAUACUUGAUGAAUAAUAUUGCAUAUACCCUCUAAAGAACGCCGGUAUGAAAGCAAAACAGUGGUUAUCGUGUGAUGGCUAGAGUAUAAAAAUCAACAAAAAAAGAAGACAAAUCAAAUGCAGACAAGGUCUGUGCUGACGCUAGCGUCUAAAAUCCAUCAUAUAUGUAAUUUUAUCAUUUUGGCCAAAGAGAGGGAUAAAGGCACGAAAAGGGGCACCAUGACAAGAGAGUCAGUCAAUACGGCAUGUUCAAGAUCGUAGAGCGUCGAUGCCCAGCCCGAUACCCUUUCUCCUACCUCUGAGAAGCGCUUCGAGGGCCUUUCCCAGAGCGGGGAAGUCUCCCAGCAGGGUAAUGUGGCCGCGCUCGGAGCUCACGCGACCACCGCGGACGGCAGCGUAACCGUCCGGCAGCAUGGCCUCCUUAGCGAGGACGACGCCGUCGCCAGAGCGGAAGAUGAGGUCGUCGUAGCAGUCAGAGUGGGCAAUCGCCUCGCGGUUCUGCACGCGGACAGCAAAGACCGUAGGAAUAUCCUUGCCGUAGAUGAGUGCUAGAGGCGGGUAUGCGUUUUUCGACUCGUGCUCAGAGCUAUGUGCAAGCUGUGAUCGGAAGAGCUUGGUAGCGGCCAGCGUCUUGGCCAGGUACUCGUAGUUGCGGCGCUGCUCAGGGUCAGAAAGCGGUGCAGCCUGGUCAGCGGUAGUGGUAGAGGUGCCAUUUGUUGUCUCAGCAGCAACGGCAUUUACAUCUGGGGUCGUAGUGUCCGCGGCAGCAGCGUAGCCAUUGGCCGUCUUGUGCUCGCUCUUGCUGGCGGAUCGGGACCGCAGGAAAGUGUUUGGGAAGAGCGAUGUUAGGGGCGAUGUAGUCUGCGAGGGCUUGUUGUAGGGCGGCAAGACAUCCGCGACGCAAGGGCUUAGACGGCUCUUGACCCAGUCAUCCGGGUUGAAGAAGUCGAUGGGGUAGUCUUCGCCAGUGUUUUGGUCGACGAAGCAGAGCCCCGUGUCUGGGAGGAGGAGGAAGGACGUGCGGAUAGAAAAGUUGACUUUGGCAGUGAGCAAUUUCUCGUUAAAAAGUACCGGGUCGCCGUUGCGCAGAGGACCGAGGAUGUUGAUGCAGCCUUGGGGCACGCCCGCGUACAAGACACCGGCAAAGAGCCCAGGACGCUGGUUUACUGCGUGCCUCGUGAUCAGGCCGCCAAGCGAAUGAGCAACAACAAUGGCACCUUUGGCAUCGGGGGAGACGCCGGGCUGGUUGGACGGUAGCUUCGCAAGGAAGUCUUGCAGAGCCUGAGACAAACGGGCAGGGCUGAGUCUCCAGUCGUAGCCAAAGUCCCAGACGCGCAGCUUGCCGGCCUUUGCGUUUUCGCAGGAUCGCAGCUUCUUGAAGAAUUUGCGCGAGAUGUCAAUAGGACCAAUGUUCUUGAGCAUGCCCGACGGGAUGAUGGUCUGGGGCAUGUUUUCCUCGUCUUCAUCUUCGAGACCGACUUCGAGAUUCGCCUUGCGCAUGUUAAGCCCGAGUUUGAAGGGAGCCCAAAGCUGGUGAUGAGGCGGCUCUGCGGAACGGAGAAUUGAUCCACGAUAUCCACCCAAAAUUACAAUAUCACCCGUCAGAUCUUGCAGGACCCUAUCGAGUAUAUCUGAUGGCUCGUCUGAAACUUCGGGGGGUGAAUCGUGGCCGUUGAGAUCCCUGGCGGGCGGGGAGUCGGAUACAGGAUCUGAUGAGAAGAUGUUGUUGAGCGACAAACUUGAUCGUUUUGACAAUUCCUGGAAACUUGGAAGCGUUGGCAUCUUGAAAGAGGGGACAUCCGGUAAGCUGUCGCGUAUUGCUAUGAGGCGGAUAUUCACCAUGUCGCGGACGUCCUGGAACCUGGCGUCGUCACCGAGUGAUGACGUCCGCGAUAGGCUAUGGUACAGCAUGCUCUCGUCAGAAGUAACUCUUCGAAGAGCUUUCGGACGAAGGCCAGGGGCACAAGAGGUUGACGGUCUCGGCGGUAGGUCAGUAAUUGUAUCAUUAGGUAGGAGGAUGUGGUCGUGUAUAGGUAAACGUGCUGAGUCGAGGAGCGUUGAUGGCGGAGACCGUGUAGGCGGGGCAGCUUGUGGAGGGUCUGAAGCUUUUCUAGAUCGCGGGGGAGACUUUGGUGGACUAGGUUUCGAGUCAUUGAAGCGAAGGGCGUUGGGAAGCGACGGUAGAAAGUUUGAUGACAUGUUGAGUGAUGGAAAAGCCUUUUGCAGCUUCUUAAGCGCCUCAUGGCCGGCAGAGCGUGAGCGAUUGCGAGAAGGACCCAGAGCGACACCAAGGACGGUCCUUGUGGUUCGUGUUCUCGUGUCUUUGGAUUCUGGGCUCUUUCCACUGCUCGUCCAUGUUGCUGCGUGUGCUGGAGAGCUUGUUUUUGGUUGUUGACUAGGAGAGCGAACAGUAAGCGGGGUUGAAUCGCUGCGGCUAGGAGGAGAGUCGUCAAUGCCCAAGUCAAAGUACCCUCUUGGGCCACCACUCUUGAUAACAGCUGCCUUUUCGACAGCCGGUGUGCGAAGGGAUGUAUAUCGACUCGCAACGGGACUCAAUGCCGGCUGCAUUACAGCCUGGACAUCGUCGUGCGUGGAGAGAAUGCUGUCGCCGUCGUCGAUAUCAUCUUGAUCCGGAGAAGCCGGGCGACGGUAGCCCUUGGCCGCCACGGUAUCGAUGCUGAUACUCAUUACUGUUGCCGUGCGCAAUGUGAAAAAUUAGUCGAGGUUUUAUAUGUCGAAUCUGUAAGGCUGGAUGUUUCGGUGCCUUAAAGGCCAAACGAGGCGGACUUGGCAGCAGAAACGGGCUUGGAUAGCAUUGCCUGUUUUGGAAAGGUGAUGACGUCGACGAAUGCAAGGCGUGGGAAGCUGUAGAGAUCGAGGGACGGUAUUAUAGGAUGGUAUGGAAGCGAAUUGGUUGUAAAAGAAAAGAAAAGAGAAGAAAAGGUCAGGGAGUCGUGGU